AUGAGUGGCGGCAGCUCAGUACUGGGCGAUAAAAUCGCGAUGCAACAACACCACGAUGACGAACAGUCCCGCGGCGCUGCAUCCGCGCAGCCGCCUCCGUACACUCUGCUGACCCCGACACCAGCUUCACCAAAUCCACAGCCGGCUGGACCUGCAAGCACAAGCAGCAGCCCAGCGCAGACGCCUACGCCGACGCCGCGCCAGACAAAUGAGGGCCUGCCCAAUCUCAACUAUUCGCUGUACUCACCCCCCUCAUUUCAGCUGUCAGCCGAUCGCACCACUCUCACCUCCCAAAAUGCCAGUCUCUCUCAGGAUGCCAGCGCCCUGGAGGCCUUCCUACGCUCACAGGCUACAGUGCCGCCCAAACCCCAAAUACACAUCAAGGGCUCGGUCAACAACAACGUCCAAUUUGAUCUGCACAUCAACCUCAUGGGCCUGCUCAUCCCAGAGAGCCCUGAGAGCAAGAAGGACUAUCUCCGACUCGUCUCCGAUGGGGAGCUGGCGUACCGCGGCGGAAUCCAGCCGGAGCUCACCCCUGCGACGGGACCUGGCGGCCUGGCCAAGUGGUGCAAGCGCUUCGUCGAGGACCCGGCGCCGGAGAAGACAUUUGUGAUGACGCGCGUCGUGGCCAACCUGGACACGACGUGGUUGGAAGGACAGCUGCGUGGCUUGAUUCUGUCGACGGGAUUCCAAGGCGCGGUGGCGGUUGAGUUUCCAGUCACGCACUCCAAAGUUGUGGUCCAGGCCCCGGCGAAAGGGAGCAAGCGGUUCAAGAGCUUGUCCGGUAUGUGGGCCUCGCUCAAGUCCAAGACCUGCCGGUUCGAGGUUGUUCAAUCAGUGUGGCCCUUUGCGAGUGAGAUGCCGGGUGUCCAGGGGCGGCAGUAUGUGGUGAAAAGUGAGGAGAACUGGUGGAGGGAGUGGAAAGACGCCAUCAGGUUCGCAGUGGCAACGCAGAAGAAGGGCUGGAUCACGGUGGAGGACAAGCUCGAGGCGCUCAUGGAGGGGACACAGCAUGUCGGUUCACGACCUGAAUGGGGAGAACAGUAUGUGUAUUCGAGCCAGGAGUCUAUUAGCAAGGUAUGA